CAUGUAUAUAAAGCAUGUUCUAACCUCUCGGCUUCUGUGGCACUUCGGACUUCGAAAAAAAAAUGAACGAAAGAGUGAAAAAGGAAAACUAUUCCUCUAGUGAUGAAGUUCAUCUUGCGGAGAUUGUCAAGGAACAUCCAGAGGUAGAGAGCAGGAGAUACGAUGCAGACUCCUUGCAUAAGAAGAACCAUGCCUGGAAAAUGAUACAUGAAGCUUACAACUCCUCGUGCCCCAGUGGAAACACCCAAUCCCUUGACCAAUUGAAGGGGCUGUGGAACAGAUUGAAGGUCAAAACUACUCAAGAUCGCGAUCAGCAGGGCAAAGAGGCGAAGACGGGCGGAGGAGAGUAG